UGUUGUUCUUGUUGUUGCUGCGGGCGGAGCAUGGCGGAAUGUUUGAGGACAGGGGGUGUGUGCAACUAGUGAUCAUACAGUUUUUUUUCUUGUGAAUUAUUCCUUGUCUAUAUUUCUUCAACCAUGCCAAAAGCAACAGUGACGGUCAGGGACCUGAAGAACAAGGAAACAUGCAUAGAUUUAGCUGUGGUUUCAUACAAAGAAUUUCCAGCUAGUUUCAUGCGAUCAACCUAUGAAUUCCAGAUUGUUGUAGUAUCCAGUUUAUCUUGCUUCAAACUACCCAGUCACAAAGAAUCAGAUGUGGUACAGUUUACAGUUGACAAGAAAUUCAAUGAAUUUGAAGAACUACGAGAAAGACUAAAUGAAGCCUACUCAGGAACAGUCUUUCCACCCAUAGAAAAAAAGUCUAUCAUGGUGAAUGAGACUGUCCUUAAGGAAAGGCGCAAAAGCUUGGAUGUUUUCAUGAAAUUCAUUGCUGCAGCUCCUCGAAUUGCCACCUGCUAUCAUGUUCUUGCCUUCCUAGAGGUGAAUCCUCAGAAAGCCAGACGUUUCUCUGCGGAAACAGACGAGGUAGCAUCCAAAGAGAGUAACAAAGAGUCGCAAGAAGAAGCUGACCAAUCAGAGGAACAGGGCAGCACUGAUCUUUUUGAUGAAGAGGAGGAUGUCAGUGAAGAUUUCCUGACCUCAACAGUCAACACUAGUGGUAAUGAUGACAUUGCCUCUAGAAGUGAAAACGUUGACUUUUUUACUUCAACAGCAGAAACAUCUUCAGCCAGUGCCCAUUUGUUUGAAGCACAAGACCUGAAACGUGAGCUGACAGAGGAGGACGAAAAAGAGUUUGCUUUCAUCCCUGAUGCCAUUAUCAAGAAGCAAGAUGUAGUUAUCUUUGCUGAGGAUGACAAUGAUGACCUUUUAAAUAUUGGCGAUGUACAGGAACUUGAGCAGCUGGUUCUUCAGAAUCCAGAAAAGAAACAAGAACAACCUGAGGAGCAGCAGAGAGACCAACAACAGCAAAAGCAAGUUACAGCUAAACCCUCUCCCCCACACAAGCCCACAAUAGCCACAAAACCCAAGCUGAAACCAGCCGUGCCAUCCAAACCUAUGCCAACAAUACCACAAAAACCUAUACCAGCACCACGAAAGGUGAAGUCCGAAGCUUCAAAAGCAGCCUCCAAGGUUUCAGUCGCAACAAGUAGUGCAGAGGCAAAAGGAGAUAAUUCAGAGCUGCCUGUCAAGGAGACUGAACUUACGACUGAUGACAUAAUGAGCUAUAUUUCAGCCAACACCAGUGAUGAUACAGACAUUGAUCUGUUUUCAUGACUGCUUUCUAAAUUAAAUAGUAAUAACCCACUAAAUAAUCAGACUUCUAUGUUUAAGAAGACCCAGCAGCUUAAUGAAAGGAGGUCUCUAAACUAAAAGUCUGAAAUCUAAGCAACUGAUUUCCAAAAAUAUAAGAAUUUCAUGCAGCUUUUUAAAAAAUAAAAGUCUGUUUGAUUGAUAUGAGAAACAUUCAGCUGAAGAGAAUUGUAACAAAAUUCUGAAGGUCUAUAGUGUAAAUAAUAUUGCAAGCUAGGCCGACCAUUCUACAUCAUCUUCACUGGCUGCCAGUUUGGGCUUGCAUCAAAUUCAAGAUCACCAUGUUUUGCUGUUGUGUUGUUCAUGGCCUUGCCCCUAAUCUGUAUGAGCUUGUGGUGCCAUACCAGCCUCAUAGGUCAGUUUGUUCAGUCCAUGCUGGAUUUCUCUCUACUCCAUGUAUCAGACUGGAGACUGUUGCUCUUUCGCCUUCUCCGGCCCCAGCAUUUGGAAUGGCCUGCCUCCAUCUCUCUGCAGAGUGCAGUUAGUACUUCAAUGCUUUCCUAUCUGAACUGAAAAACAUAUCUCUUUGGAAAUACUAUAACUAAUCCAUCCUGUUGUCCUUUCAACCCCACACCCUAUCUCUGCAUUCUUUUGUGUUCUUGAAUUGCUAACCGGUGCAUAUUCAUUUGUAUGUUGUGCUUGUUUGUACUUGAUUGCGACGGCUACAUCACACGGUCUCUUUCCCACUGGCCCUGGUCUCCCUGGUCUCUUGUGAAGUGCAUCGACCUCGCAUGUGGGUAAAUGCACUCAAAAUUUGAAUGAAUAACAUCACUUUGUUGUCAAGAUACAUACCUACAAAGGGAUCAAACCUGAUAUCACAAAUGUCCAGGGGUAGGCUUGUACAAGGAUGUCUGUGUUUUUGAUGUCUGUCUAUGGAUGGGGAUUUCUGGGGACAUGAGUCUUGAAUGCAGGAAGCUGUUCUUGUACAUUUAAACUCCAGUGUUUUUUCUUGUCAUUUAAAAUUUGCAUUUAAAAUACAAAAACGUUGCAAGCCAGAGUAGACAUUAAUGUCAAAUGAUUAAGACAUAGGGCACCAGGAUAGAAAGAUGCAAACAAUUUGUGUGUGUUUGUGUGUCUGGGGGAUGAGAGUAAUGGAAAUAUGUAAGAAAGAAAAGGGUUGAGAGAUGUUAAAAUAUGAGACCUUUUUUCAGGAUUAAAAAAAAUCCUUCUGCAUUAUAUACAACAUAUUUGACUACGAGGCCAUAAGAAUUUGUGUAUGCUUGCUUGCUUAAUCUCUGAAAGCAUGCAUCUGUGAAUUUUGCCACCUGAUUUUCUUAAAAUCCUACUGGUUAUGUGUUUCAAGAGACUGAAUUCCUCUUACCUUCAAAGGAAUACCUGUGGAUAUGACUCCAUUCAAUAAAUUUAUUACAAAUUAAUAGAACAUAAAAUAGUGUUGUUAACAAAUGAAUAACAAAAUAAAUCAAAAGAUUCUGACUAGUGAAAUGUUGAAUUUGAUAUUUAUGCUUUUUCUUUGAAGCAAUCAUUUUAUUAUAUUGUUGAUUUGGUCUGAUGAGCACAUGUUUAGAAUUUUUAGUGAAGGAAAACUCUGUCCAGUUAAAUACAAAUUUGUCAUUACUUGUGGAAAGUUGUGAUUAUUGAGAAAACAGUAUUUUCCGUGUAGUCAACAUCUGUUCAUGCUUUGAUCUUUAGAAAAAGGUGCCCACACUGAUAACCUGGCAACAGGGAAGAUAAAUUGCUGUCCUAAUGUGAAGUUAACUGUUGUUGAUACUAAUAUCUUUUAUUUUAUUAUAUAUUGUUUGCCAGUUUACUUUUAUCUUUAGAGCUAUAAAUCAGAGUGAAAUUUUCAAGCGUUAUUUCUGAUAAAAGCUUGAACUUUGUUUUGUUUUGUUUGUUUUUUUGGCGGGGGACAUCAGACGAUGUACAGAAGAGGGGCUUAUGUGUCAAGUUAAAUUGCUGUUGGCUGUCCUUCAUUAGCCUACUUCAAGCUUGAUUUUCAGGGAAAUCUAUUAUUAUGGUUACAAAAUUGUUGCUGUUUAUUGUUAUUUACAUCCAUGAAUCAAAUAAAUAUUUUAAAAAUCACA